UGUGCAUAUCAAUGAAUUAGGCAGCCGAUUGCAUAUUAGAGGGUGGAUCAUGCCACUGAGACGGUUUUAUAACCGGACGUACAUUCCUUGGUGAUUUUCCAUUUUUCUUCCGUCGACAAUGCUGCUUUGCACGCUCACUUUGACCUUUAUAGCCAUGUGUUAUGCCGGUUUGUCGUCUGUGAAUAUUACACUGGUUACUUACGGAUCACCAAGAACAACUUUCAUAUUUGGUCUUCCUUAUACUGCACCGGCUUAUAAAUUAGCUGUGGCUGAAAUUCGAAAAGAUUUUGGAUUAAAUAUUAAACAUUCCUUUAUUGAACAGGACGCUAUUCAGAGCUGCGAAGAUCUUGCGGAUUAUUCGUAUCUUGUUGCACAAUAUUACUUUCACAGACGUGAUCCUAAUAACCUUUUUGUCCUUACCACUCCAGGUUGUGAUGAUCUGGUUCCACUUGCCCAAUUAAGCAGAGAGUGGAACACUCUUAUUCUUUCCAGUGGUGUUGCCUUCCCAACCACGUUGCACCAAGCGUUCUAUCCAACAGCCGUAUCUUUUAGUGCUGUCAAUUUUGCGGCGUGGGCUCAAACAUUUGCCGAAAUUUUUAAAAAGUUUUCAUGGACAUCCAUAUCUUUCAUAUAUGACCGCUGGGGUCACAAUUCUGUUUAUCACCUUUUAAUAGACAGUCUCAAAAGGAAUCUGGAUGGCCAGAGAAAUUUAUCUGUUCCUAUUGUUUAUAAAAAUCUCUUCUAUCCAGUUGAUACCCGUGCCGCGGUAUCGGAAGCGGAAAUGUCAGAAGCCCUGAAAAGGGCGCGUAAUGUUAGCCGAGUAAUACUACUCGCUUUUCAAGCCAGUGAAACCAGACGGUUUAUGAUAAUGGCCUCAAAACUCAAUAUGACAAAUUCGGACUACGUUUACUUUGCCAUUGAGCCUUUCCGCAAUGCCGAAUUUUUUGGCACCCUCAAAGCGUCAUAUGAUGACGGAAACUAUGAGACCGCCAAAGAUGCCUUUAAAGUAUUAUUUCAAGUGACUGGAUCUUGCUCAAAAUAUGUCAACGCCAGCGGCCUUAGAAGAGUGGUGGAUGACAUUAAACACCGAAGCGCGAUUGGCUACGGUGUACGAUACAGCGCGGAUGAAGAGCCAAGCGAGAUAGUGCUGUCAUCUUACUUUGCCAUCAAGUUUUUUGGAGUGAUGUUGUCGAAGGCUUUCGCCGAUUCUGUUGAUAUUUACAAUGGGACCCUACUAGCCAAAACAUUCCUAAACAAAACCGAAUACAUCACAAAUCAGUCGAUUACGAUCGAUUAUUCUGGAGACCGGGUCAAGGAUAUUUGCAUACAAAGUUAUAACGCAACUACAGACAAAUUCGAAAAAGUAAUGUAUUACGACCCCUCGCUGACUACGCUGGCUGAACAAAACGGCGGCAUAGUAUGGAAAAAUGGGAAACCGCCACCGAACGAACCUUCGUGCGGUUACAAAGGGGAAGGAUGUCCAGAACAACAAUCCAAUAUUGCGACAACUCUCGGCAUAGCUGUGCCUAUAAUAAUCUUCAUGAUAGCCAUUGCCAUGCUCAUAGCUUGGAAAGUGCGGAAAGAAUAUAAUUUGAAAGACGAUUGGUGGAAGGUCGACAAAGGUGACCUUAUCGUUCCAGAAGUAUUGAAAGGUGGCAUGUCCAAGCAGUCAGCAUUCUCGCUAUCUACAAUGGGAAACGAUCCCAAGCACAUCAGACGUAUUAGAGGAAACGUUGUAUGGGUGAAAAAAAUUGCUGUUACAAGGAACUUAAUUUUGGAUCGUCCCACUCGCUUGCUGUUACGAGAGAUAAAAUUAAUUGCUCACGGCAAUAUUGCCGAACUGAUCGGAAUCUGCAUGGAAGCAAAUUUCCUGCACUUUGUCUAUGAAUUUUGUGGGAAAGGAAGUUUAUAUCACCUGCUAGAAAAAAUCAACUUGGACUGGGAGUUUCGUGCAGCAUUAAUAAAUGAUCUGAUUGAAGGUAUAAUUGUUAUCCAUGGUUCCGUCUUCAAACGGCACGGAUAUCUUAAUCCCCACACUUGCCUUAUUGAUAAGCACUUCACUCUCAAGCUGUCCGAAUUCGGUCUGUAUGACUUAACUAAAAAUAUCGCCGCACCCAAACAAGAGGCCUCACGUCACGGUACACUCAGCUUCACCAACGUCGAACGGUGGAUUCCUCCGGAGCUGAUGUACUUACAGUCGGAGUACUUCGACAUUCGCAUGCUGGCGUCCGUUGCUGGACCGGAUGCGGAUAUUUAUGCACUAGGCGGCAUAAUGGACGCAGUUCUGGAAGAGAGCAUUAGUAGUAGUUUAAACGAAAAUGGCCAGGUGCGGACGAUGGGACCGGAAACGCAGCGGUUGAUUGCCGCGUGUCAAAGGUCAAACGCCGCAACAAGACCGACCAUUGAAGAGGUCAAGCGACGGUUUCACGAAAGAGCCGGCACGAAAACCGGUGGAUUUGUGGAUAGUUUAAUCAGGCGAAUGCAGAAGUAUGCCCGAAAACUGGAAUUUGCAGUGAGGGACCGAACCGACGCAUUAAAUGCUGAAAGAAAGUUGUGCGAGAAGCUACUCGUGGAAAUGCUUCCGAAGGUGAUAGUGGAGAAAUUGCUUGCCGGAUGUGCCAUAGAACCUGAACAUUUUUAUGGCGUGACGAUAUUCUUCAGUCUCAUCGUAAAGUUUGUGGAGUUUGUUGCCACACAUUCCCCGCUACAAGUGGUGGCAUUUUUGAAUAAUCUUUUUACAACAUUCGAUGAUGCUUUGAGCAUGUACAACGUAUACAAAGUUGAGACCAUCUCAGAUUGUUACAUGGUGGUCAGUGGAAUGCCCAUACCGAACGGCAACCAGCACGCUGGCGAAAUUUGCAGGAUGUCUUUGCAAUUGUUAGCCCUAUUCAAGCAUUCCGCCGAUCAAUACAAUAUGCAGUUAAAAAUUGGGAUAAAUUCAGGGUCGUGCGCGGCGGGUGUGAUUGGCUCUAAGCGACCGCGCUACUGCUUAUUUGGUGAUACAGUUAACACAGCAUCGCGAUUAGCAUCCCAUGGAGAACCAUCAAAAAUCCACAUCAGUACAGCAACUUCCGCCCUCAUCAUGUACUGUCCUGAAUUCAAAGUGGUGGAGAGAGGAGUAGUAGAGCUCAAGGGUAAAGGAAAGGAACGCACAUUUUGGCUGGAGGCAGCGAACUGAUGAAACCUGGGAAUUUCUUUGGAGCGAGACAUUUCUGUUGACUGUUAUUUACUUGUACUUAUCUUUCUGGAGAAACAUUUUAGAUACUUACUGAAAUUAAAUUUAUGAUAAGAGAGACAGUACGGCAUCGGAUUCAGUAAAGAUAUCGGAUACUUUUAGCUAUUUAGUGCAUAUCAGGCUAACAUUUGGAACUUUUCUACUCAGCAGAGUUUGUUUCCUCAGUAAAGUUUGAAUUCUCAAAUUUUGUUCGUUAGUUUGUUAUUUUUUA